AUGGCUGUUCUUCUGGGCUAUAUCCUGAUGGUGGCAGCAGCACCAUUUCCCCUGAUCCCUAUCGCGUUUUCCUUCGUUGGUUUCGGCAAAGCGAUCAACAAGAUUGUGGGGAAGAUUCUUUGCUCCUACUCUCCAAGCGAGUCUAUUCUGCCCGAAAUUAUCUACGGGUGCUAUGGUAUUGGUGCGAUAGCCAGCCCUCUUGUUGCAACAGCCAUGGUGACAGCUGGAGAGAUGCCAUGGAGUCGAUUCUAUAUCAUCAACAUUGGUCUAGCUGUUUCAGUUCUUGCGAUGUCUUCAUGGUCGUUUCAACGUUGCAAAAAGGACCCGAACACAUAUUCCCGAGACCUAGAGGUGUCGGCACCAGGCAUGACCGCAGGAGAGAUCCCCCAGUCACUUUGCACACGGACAGUUCUCCUUACAGCCAUAUUCAUAUUAGCCCUUAGGGGCGUGGAGGCUUCCAUAUCAGGCUGGACCAUUGCUUUCCUCAUCGACACCCGCAUGGGGAAUCCUCAAUUGCUCGGGUACGUCUUGGCUGGUUUCUGGGCUGGCAUCGCCGUUGGCAGGUUUGACUCAUCCGACGUCGAAAAAAGGUCCGGCCAAAGGUCUUUGGUCUACGGAUUCAUUAUUCUCACAUCUGCCUUUCAACUGUUAGUCUGGUUCAUGCCUCAUGCCAACAACAUCACUAUUGCGGCCGUUGCUGUUGGUGCCAUGCUCGGCACUAUCUCUCUGCAUGUGGCAGCAAUCUUCAUGCGCCCUAUGACGGGGAGGGAGUCAUCCAAGGAGAUGAUCACCAUCACCGCGAUUGGAAGCUUGGGAGGCGCCAUUGCCUCUUUUAUUAUAGGCCUCCUUGCUCAACUUGUCGGGACGACGGUGUUACACCCAGUCAUCCUGACGCUGUUGGCCAUCAUGAUGAUCUUCGGAGAUGACCCUAUCCGAGGCACUCGACGCGGCCAACAACCUCGCCAAUUUGUGGAAAUCUUUUAG